CUCUCACAACUGAGAUUGAGAAGAGGAAUGUGAUGGAGGAAUGGGAGAAAGAAUCAAUCAAAACGGCGUCGGAAGAGAUAUCCACAGAGGUCAAAACCCUAAUUGAUUCCCAUGAUUUGGAUUCUCUCAAGCAGUUGCAGCUUCUUAUAUUGGGACGGUUGCAGGACAGCAAUGCAGUUCUUUCCCACUUUAAUGAUUAUUCAGAGCAUUGUUUUGCUGAGGUCUCUGCUGAUUUCUCGAGAAAUACACGCCUCUUGAAAACUAUGAAGUCGGACCUUGAUUACAUAUUUCAGAAGUUGAGGAGCAUGAAGGCCAAGAUCUUGGCCACUUAUCCUGAUGCGUUUCCAGAUGAUUCAACGGCUCAAGCACUUGACAGCAGACCAGACCUUGAAUUGCCACAAUAAUUUUGGAUUUGUGAGUAUUAGGAAGCUGCCAGGGCUUUUCUUUUCUUUGCAUUUGGGAAAGGUCCAAUGCUCUAAAUUUCUCAUAAAAUUCCGGGUAGAUCCUUGUUCAUUGUGGUUGUUCUUGUAAAUCAUGGUACUCUAUUUGAAUUGUGAAUAAAUGCAAUUAUUGUUCAUUUCCCUAUAA